AUGUCAAUCUCAACUUCACCUCACUCACACCUUCUUCCACAAAACCAUAACCACUUUCUCUCCAACCACCGCAUCCACAUCACCACCACUCUCUCCCUCCCCUCGCCGCGCACUUUCAGGCCUAUCAAGUGCGCAGCCACGCCCACCCAGCUGCAGGACCCCCUCCCGACCCAGACCCAGGCCCAAGAGCGCGUCUUCAACUUCGCCGCCGGCCCCGCUACCCUGCCGGAGACCGUUCUCCUUCGCGCCCAGUCCGAGCUCUAUCUCUGGCGUGGAUCCGGCAUGAGCGUCAUGGAGAUGAGCCACCGCGGCAAGGAUUUCACCUCCAUCAUCGAAAAAGCCGAGUCAGAUCUACGCACCCUGUUGCAAAUUCCGCCGGAAUACUCCGUCUUGUUCCUCCAGGGUGGAGCCACCACCCAGUUCGCCGCCGUGCCGCUCAAUCUCUGCGCCCCCGAAGAGCCCGUCGAUUACGUCGUCACCGGCUCGUGGAGCGACAAGGCCUUCAAGGAGGCCCAAAAAUACUGCAAACCCAGUGUGAUUUGGUCUGGGAAAUCUGAAAAAUACACCAAGAUUCCAUCUUUACAGGGUUUGGAGCAGAAUCCAGAUGCCAAAUAUUUGCACAUAUGUUCAAAUGAGACUAUUCACGGGGUUGAGUACAAGGACUACCCAACCCCAACAAACCCCAAUGGUGUUCUUGUUGCUGAUAUGUCUUCAAAUUUCUGUUCCAAGCCUGUCGAUGUGUCAAAGUUUGGUGUCAUCUAUGCUGGUGCACAGAAGAAUGUGGGGCCCUCUGGUGUGACCAUUGUGAUAAUCAGGAAUGAUCUGAUCGGGCACGCACAGGGUUUGACUCCUGUGAUGCUUGAUUACAAGAUUCAUGCUGAGAACAGGUCUCUCUACAACACCCCGCCUUGCUAUGGCAUUUACAUGUGUGGAUUGGUGUUUGAGGACCUGUUGGAGCAAGGUGGGUUGGGGGAGGUUGAGAAGAAUAAUGUGAAGAAAGCUGAGAUUUUGUAUAAUGCAAUUGAUGCGAGCAACGGGUUUUAUAAGUGUCCGGUGGAGAAGUCUGUGAGGUCAUUGAUGAAUGUGCCCUUCACCUUGGAGAAAUCGGAGCUGGAGGGUGAGUUUAUCAAGGAGGCUGCGAAGGAGAACAUGGUUCAGCUAAAGGGGCAUAGGUCUGUUGGUGGCAUGAGGGCUUCUAUUUACAAUGCUAUGCCUUUGCCUGGGGUUCAGAAAUUGGUUGCUUUCAUGAAGGACUUCCAAGCCAGGCAUGCUUAG